AUGGAAAACCUCAAACUUAAUAAGCAGCAGUGGUCCACUGAAGAGACCAGCUACCUAGUGGCAAUCUGGUCUUCCGAAGAGGUACAGAGGAAGCUGGAGGGGAGCACGCGGUCCAAAGCUAUUCUGCAACAAUUGCAACGAGAGAUGGCAACCACUGGUUAUGACCGUAGCAUCUUACAGAUUUGCAACAAAUUGAAAAAAAUAAAGAAGGAUUAUCGGGACCAAAAGAAAGAGCUCGGACGGAGUGGCAGCGGUCGUACGAAAACAAGUCCACAUUUUGACUUGCUAGACUCGGUCCUCGGAGACAGACCGACGAGUGGUUUGGGAUGCACCGUGAAUUCGCUUUCUCUCUCGUCAAUUGGGUUGGAGGACGAGUCAUUUAAUGCUGGCAUAUCUCGUUUGGAGUGUACUGUGUCGGAACCACCACUACCGUCGGCGUGUAGCUCGCCCGUGCACAUGCUUGGGUCUCCUCUUGCCACAAGCAGCUCUUCCCAGGAAUCUCUGGUGACCCUAACCCAGCCAGUGGGCCGACACAAACAGGUUAAAAGGAAGCGGGAUUCGUCAUCUGGCCUUGUCUUGUUAAUGGAGAAGAGUGACGCCAGGGACGAAGAGCUACUGGAGCAGAGCCGGGCGAUGCUUCAGGAGGUGCAGGAGACCAAUGCUGAGUUCCUACGGGUUUUCAACAUAACGGAGCAGAGCAGAAUCGAGCAGAACAGAAUCAACAGAAUCGAGAAGACCGAGCAGAACAGCCACAUGCUUGGCUUGUUAGACAGGAUGGUGAAGGUGAUGGAGACCAACAGCAAACAAUGACCUUAUUUUUGUAUCUAAAUUGUUCAUGCCUUUUUGUAUACAUUCUUUUUUAAAUACACUUAAUUAUAGUAUAUACAGUAUGUUCUCCACACUAUUUUGUGAAUACUUUGUAUACAUUCUUUUUUAAAUACACUUUAUUAUAUUAUAU